GCGACUGAGAGAGCCCUUUCUCCUUGACAGCCCAGCUGAGCGCAGGACAGGAAAAGGGCUGAGGCCAGGUAUAUAAUAAGGUCCCAGCAGAGCCCGGCAGGGACUUGGAAAGGGGGAAGAGGAGCCGCCUGGGAGUGUUCAGAAAGCCUCCAGAGUUUGCCUGCAAGGAUGAAAGCGUUCCUGGCUGUUGCGCUGGCCUUCCUGGCAUCCUUACAACUUGGGCUCUGUUUGCAGUGUUAUAACUGCCAAGACCCCACUGACCUCAGCAACUGCCUGACUUUCGUCAACUGCUCCGCAGACAGCACACACUGCAAGAUAACGGUGCACUCGGUGGAUUCAGGAUACCCCUUUUUCGGCAACAUCACCGUCACCAAAUCCUGCGCCAAAAAAUGCGUGCCUUCGGAGCCAGAUGGGAUCGGUGAAACUCGCCCGGUCUACUGUUGUGACACCGACCUCUGCAACAUUGGCUCCGGGCAACAGGCCAGAGCCGCAAUCUCUGCCACGGCUUUUAUAACUACCCUCGCUUUCGGCCUCCUGUGGACCAGACUGUAAGGCUUCAGGAAGAGGGCGGGUGGAUUUUGGAGGAACAUCGCCCAGGGAACAGAAGAGGGGAAGGGGGGGGGAACUUGGCCAUGUAAUCUAGAGCAGGAAAACUUCAGCAAUUUCCAGACUGCUUCCAAAGGUUUGUUGCCGUUCUUCCUUCAAACGGACGUCAAGGGGUCAAGAAAACUUCAGGGAAAUAAUUGCACAAGAGAGUGAAUAUCAGGGCUGUAUAAUCACCACCCAGCACACCUUCAGCCUGUAACCUGCUUUGCAGUUAAAAACGCUAAAAAUUAUUUUAAGGCCUACAGGGUUGUUGCGAGGAUGGGCCAGAUCAGGAUUGCAAAACCAUUUUGCAUGCCUAGAGUGCUAGAUGUCCUUAGCAAUAAAUAAACCAGGGUUUAUAAUUUUGCUUCCUCCCUAACCAAGUGGUGUGAUUUAAAGACAUUAGCAAUGGAAGGAAACGACAUUUUGCAAUCUGAUUUCUGGAAGAGAAGGAUUUCUGAAACAGGAGGUUGUGACAGGGACGCUCCAGCUGUCCCUGAAAAGACAUGGAAGAAUUGUUUUACAGGGUGGGCUUGCGAUGGCAGGACCCCUGAACCGCAAGUGGAGUCUGAGCGCCUCAAGUACAGCGUAAGAGGGAUCACUCGGGAGACGGGCGGUGCUUGAGAACUGAGAAUGGUUUGCGAAUAAAUAAAUAUCUUUCUGCUCCUACAGCACUUGCCCCUUUCUUGUUGCAAUGCUGUUAGCAUUUGUAAACCGAUGUUUUAGUCUACCUUAUUUGUUAGAAUUGGCUGUUUUAAGGAUUUAAAUAAAAGUGUUUUUUAAAGAA